CCUGCUGGAGAAACGCAACAUUCAGUGUGAAAGACGUUUAUAAUUAAUAUACAGCAUUUGCUUUCAUCAAUCAUUGAAGCUGGUCCUCGGUAUAAUCAAGAAUAGCCAUAAGAUCCUGCUUAUAAAAUUUUCCAUUGAAAAAUUUCCGUUUAUGGAAUAUGUUAACAUUCUUCUUCUAACCAUCUUUCUUUAAAUGUAAGACACCUCUCUCCCUCUCAAAACGAACAAACACACACACAGUGAAAGCAACAAAGCAAAUAUAAUAUGAAAAAAAGUUUCGUUGCAACGUAACGAUCGAAAAGGAACAAUGACAAACUUCCUGUGGCCGACACUUCGAAAGUUUCCUAGAAUAAAAGGAGCUUUAAAAUUAGCCAGCAAACCAUAUCUAACACUAAUCAUUGCGCUCGUCAUAGGAUGCUCUUUGGUCCAUUUCACAAUGAGGAGAGCGACGACGAAGAUACGUUUUGUGACUUCAAAUAAUUUGAACAGCCCCGACCGAAGUCGUGUCCGUCUGUCGGUACAGACGCACGAUUCCAAGAGUCUACUGAAUCUCGACAAAAACCCAGAUCCUGCACAGAGCCACAACGCAGAGGAAGACCAAUUCAGUCAAAGGGGAAAUCAUGAACCAAAUUUAACUAAUCCACUUGGAGACGAGGAUGGAAACCUUCAAAAUGAACUUGGAUUGCCAGAUAAUGAUGUAAGAAUGGGAAAAGAUUAUGAACAUGAUGGAGAAGCAGACAUUGAUUACGAUGAGGAGGGAGAAACAGAAGAAUUAGAUGAGGAAUACGAAGACGAUCAAAAGCAAUCAAACCAAAUCACUGGACAAGAUAUCGAACAUUUCGCACUAAUUGAAAAGUUGAAGAAAUAUCCCAUAUUACCCUUACCUAUAUAUGUAAAUGGAGGAAAAAGGCCACAAGUGUAUAAAAAGUACGUCAAGGAGAACUUGAAUAUCCAGGUCAUUCCAUCAGCCAGGAAUGUCACUCCAGAAAACACAAGAUUGGUCAUCUACAACAGAGUUCCAAAAUGUGGCUCAACAACUGUCAAUACAAUUAUUAAGAGAUUGCAACUGAAAAACAAAUUUCACCAUCACCAUUCUAAAAUCUACAACACGCACUGGCUGGACGAGGAGAGAAGAAAAGCCUUGACGAAAAGACUAUACGCAAAUUCGAAGAAGAUUCCUCUAAGUUUCGAUAGGCACAUUUACUACUUCAACUUCACAAGAUUAGGAUUCCCGAAGCCAGCCUUGAUCAACUUGGUAAGGGAACCAGUAAAACGAUUUAUCAGCCAAUUCUACUUUACAAGAAGCAGAUCAAGAUGGCAGAAAGUCAAGCACCUAAAAAGUCGACCUAGGCCCCCAAACUGGUGGUUUGACUUGAAACUGGACGACUGUAUACAAGCAAAGAGACCAGAGUGCUUCCCUCAUCCUGAACAAGAAAUGAGUCUCCAGCUUACAUUUUUCUGUGGGCAUCAUCCUGAAUGCAAAAAACUUGGAAGUGGCUGGGCCCUGUACCGAGCCAAAAGACAUGUCGAGAGCUACUACAGUGUUGUAGGACUACUGGAAGAAAUGCCGCUUUCUCUCUCCGUUCUAGAGGGUUAUCUACCGAGAUUCUUCAAAGGGGUGAAAAAUAUUCCCGAGAGCUCAGGUGGAGUUAAACUGAACGCAGGGGAGAAAAACCAACGGAGGUCCAUUUCCAAUUCGACGAAAGAAGCCAUCAAAGGAUUUCUGAAGGAGGACAUCGAUUUCUACGAGUUCGUUCGUCAGCGCCUCCAUCUACAGGCGAAAAGACUCGGAUUACUUGAAUAAAUCGCCACUUCUAUGUCCACCCAAAGACACUUACUUUUUU